AUGGAAUUCCUGUGGGUGAUUUGUGCCGAUGGACCUCUCAUGAGUCAGUUUCAAAACUGGGCUUCAAGAAUGUAUUCUUGGUUAAUGAGACAAGGCACAUUAUCAACCAAGUCUUUAAUUGAUUGCUUACCAUCUUCUUUGGCAAAGUUAAGUCUUGCAGACUGCAAUUUAAGGGAUGAUGUCAUGCUCAAUAAUCUUAGUACAUUGCCUUGUUUGGAAUUUUUGGAUCUAAGUGAAAAUCCACUUCAGCACCUACCUGAAAGCAUUAACAGCUUGACAAGGCUUGAUUCUCUUGUGUUACAACGAUGCACAAGGCUCAAAUCACUUCCAAGCCUACCAAGUAGUUUGGAGACUGUACUAAUGAGCAAUUUUGGACCCCUUUUGGGACUACUGGAUGUCUACAUAUUUGGUAGCAAAGAAGAACCAGAUAAGCUUCAAGGCAUGUUCAAGUUAGAUCCAAUGAACCAAUUUGACAUGGAGAUGAUCUAUAAUGUUGGUUUGCAGAAAUCAGAGUCCGUAUUUCAUGAUGGUGGCAUACGUAACAUAUAUGUAGCCGUGCGUGAGAUUCCAGAUUGUGCCAAAAUUAGAAUUGAAGCCAAAGAUAAAGAUUUCGAGUAUAGCCCAGAAAUCUUUGGAAUUCCAGAAGCCAACGAGGAUAUGUUGUGGUUAAGCCACUGGACACUUAGUUACAUGUUAGAAACUGGUGAUUCAGUGGCGUGUUCAGUAAUUCUGCCAUCUUCUUUUCAAGUGAAGAAGUUUGGUAUCCACCUUGUUUAUCCGUGUCAGAAUCCAACAAAGAAGGAAGAUCAUAACAUACAAUACCUCCCUUUGCCAGAAAACUCCUCGUAA